GUGUCGUUAAAUAAGGUUUGUUGUGAACUCCGCCCGGUGGAAAGUGGUACCGCCGUUUGCGCAAAGAAUGUGGCUUCUUCAUGGAUUUCUGGUCAUUAGUUGGGGUUUGCUCGCUUCUUCAAACGAAAUAGAGCUACCCGCCAAGUUUGUUACCAGCAGUUCGCACACAAACAACUGGGCAGUGCUGGUUGAUACGUCCCGCUUUUGGUUCAACUAUCGACAUAUUGCAAAUGUUCUCUCCGUGUACCGUUCCGUGAAGCGGCUGGGCAUCCCGGACAGUCAGAUACUGCUCAUGGUGGCGGACGAUAUGGCGUGCAAUGCGCGCAAUCCACGGCCAGCCACAGUUUUCAACAAUGCAAAACAACACAUCAACGUGUACGGGUCGGAUGUCGAGGUGGACUACCGGGGCUACGAGGUGACGGUGGAAAAUUUCGUACGACUACUGACGGGCCGAAACGAAAACGGCACUGCCCGUUCGAAGCGAUUGCUCUCCGACUCAGGAAGUAACGUGUUGAUAUACCUGACCGGUCACGGAGGGGAUGGAUUUCUUAAGUUUCAAGACUCGGAGGAAAUUACAAAUCAGGAGUUGGCUGAUGCGAUCGAGCAGAUGUGGCAGAAGCAACGUUACAACGAGCUGUUCUUCAUGAUCGACACUUGCCAAGCCGCCUCAAUGUAUGAAAAGUUCUACUCUCCGAACAUACUUGCCGUGGCCAGCAGUUUGGUGGGGGAGGACUCAUUAUCGCAUCACAUCGAUCCGGCCAUCGGUGUGUACAUUAUCGACCGCUACACGUACAAUGCACUCGAGUUUUUGGAGCGCGUAGAGUGGAACAGCAAGAAGACAAUGGGCGAUUUUCUUUCCGUUUGUCCUAAGCGAGCGUGCAUCUCGACGGUGGGUGUAAGGAAGGAUCUUUACCCGAAGGAUCCCUACAAAGUUCCUAUAACGGAUUUCUUCGGUUCCAUUCGUCCGACAGAGAUUUCGUCCGACGUAGUCAACGUGACACUGUCAACCAUUCCAGAAGUAUUGUCAUCGCCAAAGCCAAUCAGCAAACCAAAUGCUCAACUGUUUUACGAACAGUUUCCAACCAAACUGUUUCAGCGAUCCUAGUUUGGGCCAGUAGCAAAUAAAAUCUGAACAAAACAAACGACAAGAAAAUCAA